GGUUAGUUUGUUCUGGUACUCCAUAGUAUGGCGUCAGGAUUCCACAGGCAGGCGACGUAUCGAAGUUGGCCAGAAAUUACGGUCGUUCCUUAUCUGGUAGUGUUUUUGACGGGAAUGUUAUGUCUUGUAAAUCAGUUAAAGUUAUAUUUUAUAAAUGUAUGAUCAUGUCGUUGAAGUUAUGUGGGUGAUCAGUAUGAGAAGCGAUAAAGGGCGCCCCACCUUGUGACCCGUUUUGAUAGAAUGGCCGACUAUGUCAGAGUGGUUGGUCAUACACUACAAAAGUACAAGUGAAAAACAAACAAAUAUUGUCGAGCUGAUUUAAUGAGCAUAAUUGAAAUUGAACGGUAGGAAGAAUUAAAAGAUGGAAUUCUGGAGAAGAACAUCCUGAUUUCAUGCAAGAUAAUGAGGUCAGCUAGUGCAAACCAUUUUGUGUUGUCAUGGAGACCAUGUGAGCAUCAUUUAUAGAAAUGAAGUCCGUUCUGUGGCCUUCCUAAGUGCAUAUAGAAAGGUGUUCAUCAAGAACACCAGACUGCCCCAUUUUCUACAACUGUUAGUGUAUUUAAUUGCUUUUACCAGACUUUUAGGUUUAGGAGAACCAAUAUCGGAGUUCUCAAGGCUGUACCACUUGUUGGAAAUGGCCAAAAAGUGUGAUGUGCCUCGAACCUUCAAUAUUGCUGUUGUAGGACUUUCAGGUACAGAAAAAGAGAAAGGGAGUACAGGGGUAGGGAAAUCAUGUUUGUGUAACCGCUUUGUUCGACAUCUUGCUGAUGAUUAUUAUGUGGACCAUAUAUCGGUGCUGAGCCAGACAGACUUUAGUGGACGUGUAGUAAACAAUGAUCAUUUUUUGUACUGGGGUGAAGUAACUAAAACAAAUGAGGAAGGAGUAGACUUCACUUUCAAUGUGGUUGAACAAACAGAAUUCAUUGAUGAUUCAUCAUUUCAACCUUUCAAGAGUGGUAAAACAGAUCCUUAUUAUAAAAGAUGUAGUGCUAUAAAACUAACAUCUGCUGAGAAACUGAUGUAUAUCUGUAAAAACCAGCUAGGUAUUGAGAAAGAAUAUGAACAGAAAAUGAUUCCAGAGGGGAAAUUGAACAUAGAUGGGUUUGUGUGUGUGUUUGAUACAUGUGAUGUGCCAGGCCGUACUAUUGAAAAACAAGUGGAAUUUACAAGUCUUAUCUUAAACAAUUUAGUGAAGACAAAAAAGCCUAUUGUGCUGGCCACAACAAAGAGUGAUGAAGCUAGGGAUAGUUACAUCAAAGAAGCUGAACGUCUUGUUAAUAGGAAGGAAUAUAAAGGGAACAUUCCAAUUGUAGAAACUUCAGCCCAUGAAAAUGUUAAUGUUGACUUAGCCUUUUUUGUACUUGCUCAGAUGAUUGAUAGGACCAAAGGCAAGUCUAAAAUUGUGCCAUUUAUUGAAGCUGCACAGCGUAGAAAAGAGGUGUUGGAUGUAGCAACAGAAGCCUACCAAUCACUCGUACGAGUUCAGGUAACAGACUACAAAGCAGUGUGGAGUAGCGUGAGCAAAAAAUUUGCCCAAAACUCAGAUUUUCUUCAUUACUGUGACUUAUUUGGACAUAAUAAUGCUCAGAAAAUGUUCAGGCGCCAUGUAAAGAAGUUAAAAGAGGAAUACAUCAGAAGAAAAAUGCAGAUGUAUAUUAAGAUACUACCAGAAGUACUUAGUGAACUUCUUCCAGAUCUUCAAAGUUUAGGUGAUGGUGACUGGAGAAAUAUACGGGCUAAACUCCAACAACAUCCAGAUUUUAAUCAAUAUUUUCUUGAGAGUCCUGAUGAACAACCUUGGCAAGAAAGUGACCUAGUGGAUAGUACAGAAACUCGUAUCCCAAUGGAUAUUUUAGACACUUCUGAGGCAGAAGCAUGCUUUCAGGAACACAAGGCAUCACUAGAAGCAGAUGAAAAAAGAAAAGAAAUGAGGAAACAGUUUAAGCAGUUAUUAGAAGAAACUGGUUAUGUAACACCUGGGAAAAGUCUUUCUGAAGUGCGAGUUUUGUUUAUGGGAAGAGAAUGUUUCGAAGCCCUCUUGGAACCUGAUCUGCAAGAGAUUUAUGAUGAACACCAAAAAGAUAUCACAGAAAGAGCAAAGCAAAAUUUUCAAGAACUUUUGUUAGAAAAUGCAGAGAUUUUCUACCACUUUACAAGUAUAGGGCCAGGUAGUGUGAUAACACAAGAAGACAUUAGCAAAAUUACAGAAACUUUAAGGGAAGACUCAAGGUAUAAAGCUUUAGAUAGACUAGAUCAAGAUAGAAUGCUUAUGCUUCUUCGACACCUAGGUUUUGUGCAUGGCCCUAUAAAAGAGCAUUGUCCAGCAUUUCCUAACUGUAUGGACAAUCUCAUUGAAAAAGUCAUAGCUCAAAAGGCACAUAGGCCUUCUUCUUGGAGUCGAAACAGCCAGUGGCUUCUUGAGUCAGAAAACAAUCAACUUAACCUAGUCCUAUUAGGGUGUGGUGGUAUAGCAGAUGAAUUGGCUAACACUAUUAGGGCCUAUUGUACAGAUGAUGUUUUUGAGAUGGAAAAAGUGCGGUAUACUUUAGAUUUUAGAAUAAUUGAUGGUGAUGUUGGUUUGCCACACAACUCCUUUCGAACAUCUGAUUUUCUUCCACAUGGUUGUUUUUGUGUGUAUUCUAACCAUCAAACUCUAGAAUACAUUCGUGAAAGUUUGGAAAAAACCCUACUAUCAAAUCUUGAACAGGAGGACAGGCUUCCUUUCCAUGGAUUGCCUAUUGUUAUCCUUUUUGCUGCUGAUGCUAGUAUAAAUGAGAAAGAUCUGACCUUUCUUCGUGAAGAUGGGCAGAAUAGAGCUAAAAGCCUACAAUGUCCGUUUAUUGAUGUAAGUAAUAGUGCCUCUGCUGCUGAGGAGCGGUUUGAUGAAUCCAAGCUUCUCAAGGCUUUACAUUCCCUCAUAGAAAGCAUUCAGCGUCGAGCGGACUUGUUACAGAUUUACCAUACUCUUCCUGAACAGGUUGUCAACCCUGACAUUAGGAUUAUCAUGUGCAUGCUCUGUGGGGAUCCAUACACUGUUGAACAUGUUCUUGGGCCACUACUUAGUCACCAAUGCUGUUUUGUGACAUCUCCUUACAAUAUUACCUUAGAAACCUAUUUGGGAGACUCUAAACGGAGUGUGGAGGUGCGGGUCACUUCCUACCAUGGGGCCAAUGCUUUCAAAGAAGAACUUGUACAUGGGUUUAUUCUAGUUUAUUCCACUAAAAGAAGGGCUUCACUUAGUACUUUAAGUGCAUUUUCAAUGAACAUUCCAAACAUCCCAGUUCAGAUAUUGGCUGUUACAGAAACGGGCAGUGCAAAUGCUUUUUUCUCAAGUGAUCUGUCACAUCAAUUAAUAACAGAGGGAAAUGCUGUAGCUGACAAAUUACAAGCUCAUUUUAUGACCUCAAUAUCCACUUGCCAACAAAAAGUAUCUGCAUUCUACACACCAUUCUUCAAGGAAGUGUCAGAAAGAAAGCCUCAAAUAGAAAAAGCCUUCAGUAUGGAUGAUUCAGAUUAUUCUCUAGAAAGUUUUACACCUGUUCCACCACCUGUACCUUCACGGCAAGAGUCCUAUCAUAUACGAAGUGGAUCUCUUGAAGAUGGGGUGGAUUCUGAUGGUAUAUAUGAACAGUUGCCAACGGAUGGAAGCCAUGGCCAUGAUGAUGAAACAGUUUCACCCACAGCCUACCUAGAUGAUCCUCCUUUAAGUCCCAGUGACGAAAGUGAUUUAUAUGCUAGUGUAUGCAACCAAGAAAAUGGUGAACACUUAGUCAAACCUAGCCAGUUGAAGAAUAGAAGAAGUCUUCAAGCAGAACUGUGCCGCCAGUCUUUCCCUAGCACAGAAUCUCUUGAUCGGUCUGUUACACUAAAAUCUCGUGACUCUGCUCCUCCCUUACCUCUUCCUCCUUCUCAGUUUGAAAGAGACUCCCACACAGGCAUAGACCUCACAUUUCCACCCCCACUGCUUUCCACAUUCACAGGAACUGUAGCUUCCCCAUCAUCUUAUCAAACUCAAGUUCAUUACUCUCCUCACCUCUCCCCUCCUCAGUACCCCUUACCCCCAGGAUCAGCUCACCCAUCUCUCUAUGCUACAGGAAGGAGAAGGCCUGGUACUCACAAACCCAAGCCAUCUCUGUUUCCCCGUUAUUCUCUAAAAAAAGCUGAACGAGGGAAGAGAACUGAGGCAGGGAUUUCCUCUGCUCCAUCAGCUCCCAGUCUAGCUUCUGCACCUAGGCCAACUGAUGACAUGGAUGCCUCAGACAGCAUUACUGACGAUGAUGAUACAUUGUCGUCAGGCUUAAGUGGUUAUGGGACACAUCCCCCUCCUCCAGAACCUGCCCCUCCUGACCUUCCCCCAUCACGUAUAAGGAGGGGGCCUCCUAUUCCAACAGGACAUCAUGCUUCUCGUACAAGUUUGGAUGAGGCUGAGGAUGGGGGAUCUCAAGAUUCUCUAAACAGGGAACCAGGUUGGGUAGACAACAGAAUAUAUGAACAGGAACUAAGAGCACGGGAGUGGUUAGAUAAUGAGAUGUAUCAUACGUAUCAUUCUGGACGCCAUAAGAUUCCUCCACCUACAAAACCUAAACCAGGAAAGCAGAAACCAGGAAAGCUAAACCUUCAGCAGUUCAAUAAUAUCACUGAUGCCAUUGCCAAGUUUAACCUGACUACUCAAAGAUGUGGAAGCUUGCAUCCCAAGGUUGGCAUGUUACCUGCCCCCUUAGCUACUCCAGAGAGCAUAGAUUUAGCUAGUGAUUAUGCACAAGUUAAGGACACAGUACCUUUGUGUACUGCAGAUGCUAGUGAGUAUUCCUAUGCUGUGGUUCACAAUCCUUUACCUGAUAGCAAGUCUCACCGAGUCAGGUCCUUAGGGCGAAGGCAUGGGAAUAAAGAAGCUUUUGAAAGAGCUGGCUCUGACUCAGACAGUGAAUGGAGUUCUCUGGAGCGUAGGCACAGAGAUGUUUAUAGUCGAGUGAAUCGCAAACCUACUCCCCACAAGAAAACUCGCAAAAAACGUGGUGUUCCUGUUGCCCCACCCCGUGUUCCAUCUUUUGAGGGGCCAGCUCCCCCACUUCCCCCACUCCCAGGGGGUGAAAGGAUGAUGGGUACCCAGUCCCUUGAUCCACUGAAUAAAGUACAUGGAAGUGGGGGGAACUCCCCCUCAGAUGACAGUGACUUGUCAGAUGAUGAGGAACCUCUCUUCAAAAGUACCCCCCGUCCUAAAUACAAACACAAGCGGUCAUUUCGCUUAAGGCGCAGGAAACAGCAAGUGCAGGCUCAGCAGCAGUCACAGCCAAUUCCACAACAGCAACAACCACCUUAUCUUGCAGGAGCUCUCCAGUUUGGUGCACUAACACCUGAUAGUGACAUUUUCUCUCCUUCAUCAAAGCUCAAAAUUGAAAGCUCCCUUUGUAUGCCUCCUCCUGAUGAAAACUCGGGAUACGAGUUGGUAUCGCCUAAAGAUCCAGCAGUUAUGAUGCGGAAGUCUGUGAUGAUCAAAGAUGGAGAAAAAACAUCGAGGAAGAAAGAUAAGAAACUUCGAGAAGAUGAAAAGUUAGAAAAACGUCGAUUGAAGGAAGAGAAACGGCUAACAGAGAAAAAGAAAAAGAAGACUGCUCAAGGAAAAGGAGGAAAUGCGAACCAGGCAGUACAGGGACUGGAAAGCUUUGCUCAAUCAGAGGAUAAUCAUAUUCCCCUGUUUGUAGAAAAGUGUAUCAAAUUUAUAGAGGAAGAAGGGCUAGACUCUGAAGGUAUUUACAGGGUACCAGGAAACAGAGCUCAUGUAGACCAAUUGUAUCAGAAGUUUGAUGAAGAUCCACAAAUUUCAAUCAGAGAUCUGGAUAUUCCAGUUAAUGCUGUUGCUACUGCCCUAAAAGACUUCUUUUCCAAAAGGUUGCCACCACUUUUGCCUGUCUCUGUCAUGGAGGAACUGAAUGAAAUAUCAAGUUUUUACUAUUUUGUAACAGAUGUUCAAGACAGAAGCUGUCGUCUUUUUGCCCUUCGAGAUCUUCUAAAAAGGAUACCAAGAGCAAAUUUUGAAGUUCUAAAGUUUGUCUUUCAACAUUUUGUUAGGGUUGCUGAGAAUUGCAGAUUGAACAGUAUGGACAGUAAAAACCUGGCAAUCUGCUGGUGGCCCACACUCUUGCCUCUAGAGUUUAAUGACAUGGGGAUGUUUGAACGGAUGAGGCCACACUUAGAGGACUCGGUGCAGACAAUGAUAGAUCAGUUUCGUUUUUUGUUUUGUGGAGAGGAGGAGGUAGUGAUGGUGUGACAGUAGUAACUGUCAGUCCUACUCCCUACCCUUUAUUUCACACCUAUAUUGUCACUUGCUUGGAAAAACCUGUCAAGAGUUUAUUGCAUGCAAGGCGUGAAGUUGGAAUGCUCCACAAUCACUCUUGUCAAUUCCUCAGAAGAAAGUGUUGUGAUUUAGCUUGUUGAGGUGCUGAAAGAAUCACUUGAGAGCUUUUUCAAAACAUGUUAAGUAGACUGUAUGAAUGCAAAUAUCUGAGUACAGGAAACAAGCUUGUCAUGUCGGAAUAAAGAAUGAAAUGGUCAUAUCAGUACGAAGUGUUCUUUCUUUGAAAGAAAAAAUCUCAAGCAGCUUGUAAUUUUUACCAUGGCUGCUGUGAUGGUGCCUGGUAUAGAACAUUGUCUCUCUCUGUCAUCAACAAAGGACGAGGUUCACUGACUUUUUGCCAUCAAACUGUGUACUUCCAUCAAUACAGUAGUGUAACAAUCAAGCUGUAUUUUGCUGCAAACUUGCAACCUUUAUUUUUGUUAAAAUAGCACCAAUACUUAAGUAAUCAUUGGUUGCCCAAAUAUUUAAAAAACGUCUGCAUGGACAUUUUAAUUUUUUUUUUUUUCUUUCAUGUAAGAUCUAAUUGUAAAUGAACAAACACGAGACAGCAUCGUAGUUAACACAUGGCAUGUAGUUUUCUUGGGUAAAUUCCCAAGUGUGAAGUGCAGUGUAGGAAAUCGUCUGUAUAUUACUUUCUAGUUUUGUGUAGAGAUAUGUAAUGGACAGUUAAUUGUGUACAAACAGGCCUAGCUUCAUAAUUAGUAUGUUUUUUUUUGUUCUUGUCUUGUUCAUUUGUAUAAUGCUCAUGUUGUCUGAGAAAAGUAUUAAAUAGCUCAGCUAGUUUCCAUGACAAGUUCCUCUUAAGUGUAAAUAGUUAGAUUUAUCUUUUGUUGUUGAGUUCACCAGCUACUUGGUGAACCAAACAAAGUUAAUUUUUUUACCAACUUAUGAACUUGGAUUUUUUUUAACAAUAUGAUUAGAUAAUAAAGUUAUGUAGUUAUUGUAUAAUUAUCAGAAUCUCUUGUUUUCUUUAAUUAUAAGCUAGAUGUGAUAUGAGAAUUGAAAGUAUUAGUCAAAAGGUAAAAUAUUUUGGUGGUGUUUGUACCUCAGUGAAUUUUCUAUGUAAUUGUGUCUUCUGUUUAAUGGUUUUGACCACCUGACAAAGUGUGUUAUAUAAAAAGACUAAAAUUACGUAGUAGAUGGUGUUCUAUCUAUAAGAUAUUGAUUUUUUUUAUGGUUAAAAUUUAUAAUAUCAAGACAGUCAUUAAACAUUUAUUUUUUUUAGUCAAAUUUAAAAGUGAGACAGUUGAUAUUUUUAAGAGUAAAAAGAUAAAAUAUUAAACUAGCAUUACCUAAAUAUUAAAAACGAAGUCAGCUUGCCAUGCUGGUUAAAUGGUCUUUUAAGUGUAUUCUAAUUUUUUUAAAGUUUUUUAACCACUGAAAUUUCAAAAAUAUUUUAGCUUUUGUUUAUGCAAGCUCAGCUAUAACACUUAUCCUCACAUAAAAUGAAUACAUACUGUUGUAUGAGUUGAUGCUCAGUUCCUUCGUCCAGUUUUUGUGCAUACUCUCCAAGGCCUGGCACCAGCAUUGAGUUUUAGGGAACCUUCCAGUGUUGUAUUUUAAUAACCUCUGGAAUGGUUACUUCAUUUUUGUUGUACAUUUAAGUCAGUUGUGAUAUUGAUGUAAAUUUCAGUUGUGUACAGACUGAUGGUAAUAUGUCUUUAUUGUAUUCUGGCCAAACCCAUGGAUAUCCUUGUAGCUCUGUAUUCUACUCAACAUUGUAAUGAUUAUGACAUGAAUCUGUAGUACCAGUCUGUUCCAGCAGAUUUUGCUUACUACAGGCCAUUCUAAUAAAGAUGGCUGUCAAUAGUA